UUGCCCCUCCUGCCUGCUUCUCUGAUGGGUCCAGCCCAUGGGCUCUCCAGCCUGUGUCAGACCCCCCGUGGGGCCUGGGCGGGGCCCCUAGGGUCACACCAGGUCCUCCCCAGUCAUCCAGGGUAAUCCCCCGCCCCGAAGUCACCAGAUUAACCAACUCGAGCCUCAUCCUAGGAACAGGCGGACUCCAGGGCUCAGGACUGGACACCCACCCGCCCAGCAAGCGCAGGGCCACAGCCCAGCAGAGGCGGCGAGUUCCCUGUGGGGUGUGGUGGAGGCUGCUGUGGGGGGCCCAGCCCUGGUGCUGGGGACCCAGGGCCCCCAGGGCCUCGGGUUAUCUCCCCAAUGCAGGUCCCUCCCAGGGAGCUUCCUGGGAGUCCAGGCGGGAGGAGGCCCCACUAGGGGAGGCUCUCUGAGCUGGGCAGAGGCCCACACCGACAGGCAUGAGGCUCCCGCUGCUGUUCGGCUUGGCCGCGCUGGCCACCAGCAGCUUCUCCACGGAGCCAGAGACAGCACUCACCCCGGAGGUCUCCAUCGCCUACCAAGUCCUGGAGGUCUUCCCCCAAGGCCGCCGCGUGGUCGUCACCUGCCACUCGCAGAUGCCCCCGCCCGUCACCUACUCCCUCUGGGGGAGCCGGGACAUUGAAGUUUCCAAGAAGAUGGUGAGCACCCACGACCCCGUCUCCUUCCACAUCAACGUCACGCUCAAGUCCAGGCCAGACCUGCUCACCUACACCUGCCAGGCCAGCACCUCCUGGGGCCUGCGCCAGGCCAGCACCACGCUGCAGAUGUACUGGGAGCUGUGGGCCAAGCCUGUGUCCCAGCUGCAAACUGGCCUCACCCUACUGGACAGAGGGGCAGGGCCAAGGUUGGAGAUGUCCUGCCAGGCGGCCUCGGGCAGCCCACCCAUCACCUACAGCCUGGUCGGGAAGGACGGGCACGUCCACAUGCGGCAGACGCCGCCGUACGGGCAACCCGCCAACUUCUCCGUCCCGCUGACCCAGACACCGGCCUGGCUGCAGUGCCAGGCCCAAAAUGGCGUUGGAGUCCAGAGCAGCCCACUCACGCUGGUGCCCCCAGGCCAGCUGCCCAAGGCCGCCACCUUCGUGCUGGCUGCCAGCCUCACCUCCAUCGCAGCCAUCACCUCCGGGAUGUUGGGCUGGACCGCGCGGAGCAGGUUGUGACCAGCAGGUGCAGGGUCAGCAGAGCCCCCACGAGCCCAUCCCGGCCGGACAGGAGGAGCCCCUGGGACUGAAGAACAGCCGCCAGCCCGGGCCCUGCUGCUCUG